GGGGCGGAAGCGACGCUCUGGCCUUCUUCCUCUCCAGUGCUCCCCGGCCCGGCUGACGUUGGAACAACAGCUAUGGCGGCAGGAACCAGCAACUACUGGGAAGAUCUCCGGAAACAGGCCCGACAGCUUGAAAAUGAACUUGAUCUGAAACUGGUUUCCUUCAGUAAACUGUGCACAAGUUAUAGUCACAGUAAUGCCCGAGAUGGAAGACGCGACAGGUAUAGUUCUGACACAACACCUCUUUUAAAUGGAUCAAGCCAAGAUAGAAUGUUUGAAACAAUGGCUGUGGAGAUUGAACAGCUCUUGGCAAGGCUUACAGGAGUAAAUGACAAAAUGGCGGAGUAUACCAACAGCGCUGGCGUCCCUUCCCUCAAUGCAGCACUCAUGCACACACUACAGCGACACAGAGACAUCUUGCAGGAUUAUACACAUGAAUUUCAUAAAACCAAAGCAAAUUUUUUGGCAAUACGGGAAAGAGAGAACCUCAUGGGAUCAGUACGAAAGGAUAUUGAGUCAUAUAAAAGUGGUUCUGGAGUGAACAAUAGAAGAACUGAAUUAUUUUUGAAAGAACAUGACCAUCUACGAAACUCAGAUCGACUGAUUGAAGAAACAAUAAGCAUUGCAAUGGCAACGAAAGAAAAUAUGACUUCUCAGAGAGGAAUGUUGAAGUCUAUACAGAGCAGGAUGAACACAUUGGCCAAUCGUUUUCCUGCCGUGAAUAGCUUAAUACAGAGGAUCAACCUGCGCAAACGUCGAGACUCCCUCAUCCUGGGUGGUGUCGUUGGAGUUUGUACCAUCCUCUUGCUGCUGUAUGCUUUUCACUAAUGGACAUUCUCUAGAGACUCUUGACAACCACCACUUCCUUGAAUUGAUUCCAGUUACAAAACAGUGGGAAGGAAAGAUGGACAAACCUGGAGAGAUAUUGACGAUUAUCAUGUCAUUUAGGGCCUGUGAAAGGCUAUGGGUACUGGUCCAGAUUGGGGCUGAAGCUGCAAUGUUGGUGUCCUCUUUUUAUCAAAAUUUAUCUCCCCUUUUUUGUUUCAAAACCAAAUCAAACCAAGAAAGUUCUUUGUGUCUUUCUAUGAGGUAAGUAAACAUAUUAAGGGAAAAAAAAGGUGUGUUUCAUAAUGGAAACUGGCAAUUGUUGACUAAAAUAAAGUAUGUCUGAAGCAUCUUCAGUAGGCCAGUCUUCCCUGAAAUCCAAAUUUCAGACUUUCUUGGCCUGUGACCAGUGUAUUGCAGCUUUAAGCCAUCGGGCUGGUUUGUGAAUGAAUGCAGCUUUUUUUUUCCUCUUUUUUUUUUUUUUAAUUUGUGGUAAACAGUCACAGGUCAUUCUUUGUCAUCUGUGCUGUAGAUUUCUACUCUGUGUCUUCAAACUUUUUUUUUUUAAUAUUCAAAGGUAACUCAGUUUGCACAGAAAUUAACUCAACUAUUUUAUAGAGCCUAUGUCUAGUUUGGGGGACUUUUGGGAGACGGCCUCAUUUUGGCAUGAGGAAGACUGAGACUGUCAUCCUAAUUGAAAUGUAGUAGAAUAUUUGAUCUAACCAUGAGCAAACUAUAGUGAUGGAAGCAUUCAUGAUAUAUAUUCUUUGGUGGACUAGAGGGCCCCUAAAGAUCUUUGAAAAAAAGGCACAAUGGUUUUUUAAAAAGUUGUUCAUUGUUUUGACUUUUUUUUUUAAUUCGAUUAAUGUUUUCUGCUUUGAAAGUAGAAUGAAAUCUAAACUGUACUAUGAAAUAAGAAACUUAGCCUCAGGCAGCUUUCAAAAGUUCCCCAAGCCCUCCAGUCAGACUUAACAUACAUGUAUAUGUUCCUGAGGAAGGGGACAGGCUAUUGUCCACUCAGGCCUGUCAGGCAAGCUCCACUUUGGCUAACUGUCAUGUGUGAACAAAAGCAAUCUGAAAGCCCCCAUGCCAUCCUCUGCUGCAUUAUCUAGCCCAACUUCUUUUCUUGGGCUGUGUGAGGGAAGCAGGUCACCCUUUGUCCUUCUUAGUGUAGAUCUCAUCUGUUAAAGAUUUAUGAACCUUCAGAAUGUUAUUUUGCUAUGCAACACAUACACAUUGCAGAAUCUUCUUUUGUCCACUCCUUUCUUCUGUCCAUCACUGACAAAUUUUUAAACUCUCCACUAGAAUUCUUUUGGGGUACAAUCAUUUGAUUAGUCCUCCUGACAAUUCCCCAUCUUGGUAAUGUUAGUGAUCAUAUGCAGUAUAGAGAUUUGCCAACAUUUAAAGGCUGCUUUAAACCAUUGGAGUUAUUGAUUCAUGCUCUGGGCUCCUGAACUAAAAGAGUUUUGGAAGUGGUGACAGAACCACCUUCUGGGUUGUAAAUUAUAUUGUUCAUGUGACCUUGGCUGAGGCUUAUGUCUAGAAGGACACACUGAUUUGAUAUAAUACAGAGACUGCAGAGAUUUUUCUUUUCGAUGUCAAAAUUCUAUUGCCUUCUGGAUUGAAGGGGGUGUGAUAAUACUUUUAAAUUAUGGGGUUUAUUUUUCUACAAAUGGGUUGAUCACUUCAUUGAUUGGAGAUGCCUUUGAUUUGAAAGAAAAUUAGUUUUCCCUACAUGUAGCUUAAAGGAUCAGGGAAAUAAAUUUAUUAAUUAAAUUCUCUCUGUUGGGAGAUCAGAGCUCCCCUGACAUUUAUUAUCUUUGAUUUUUUCAAAGGGCCUCAAUUGGUGGUUGUGUCCCAGCUAGAGUUUAUAGAACUUUUGGUUACUCUACAGUUGGCAUUUAUAAAAUCUGCAGUAUCAUAAAAUAAAGUUAUUUAUUUAAUUAUAUAGCCAGUCUUUUUACUGGUCUGAUUAUUUGGUGCAUUCAUUAAAUCUAAUUGUAUGAGAAUCAAACUAUUAUAGAAAAAUAAUCUUGCUUACUACAACUAAAUAAAUAAUCAGUUUUGUUGACUGAUUAACCUUUAAGCCAGGGUUAUGCAUAAUGGGAAGGAAUAGAAUUUCUAUCAGGUAACCUUUGUUUCUUUAGUGGUUUUUGCUAAUGAAUUCCUCUCCUCCCCCUACCCAACCACUUCCAAGUUUAUAUGAUCCAUUAUUACCUUUGUCUGUUUCACUAAAACUGGAUACCAGUGACCAGGACAUACUCAUUACCAUCAGACUUUCUCUAGUGGCAUUGUUUAAUGUAUUUCUACAUUCUCCAAAAGGACCUCCUACUCUGCUCUCCGCUUCCCCCAAAAAACACAAAAAACAACACCACCAACCCCGAUAGUAUCAUAGAAUGUGGCAUUUGAAAGUAACUCUGGCAUUCAUCUAAUCCAGAGAAGCUAAAUUAUUUGUCAGAAAUUACCCAACUAGUCAAUGUCAGAUAUGGCUCUAGAGCACAGGUCCCUCAUCCUAAUGCAAUGUGUUUUCUGCCAUCGCAUCUUAGAGCAAGAAAGGAAGAAGAGCUGUGUUUGCUCCCAUGUAGCAAGUCAUCUUACUGAGCUCUGACUUUGACACAAAUCUCUGUUUCCUUGUCUUGAAAUUCAUGUCUUUUGCCCAGUGGUCUAUUUUUGUUGAGAAGAAAAGAGCCAGUUCUUAAAUCCUACUUCUCUGCCCAAAAAGAUCUUGUCCCUUAGGGAGGGAAAAAUGCUGCUGCAUAAUGCUUUGAGGAAGAAACUGUGAGUGCCAUGUAUUGUAAACGUUCUCUUUUCUGUCUUCUUAACAACCAGAAUUGUCUAAUUUACUGUCAAGAUGAGAAAACAUGGCAACAAAAAUGGUACAGGGAGCAGGAAAUUCCAAAAGAUCCUUUUUCCCCCCCCUUCUUUUGGUUUAUUGCUAUCUAGUAAAAUGUUUAAUUAAAAACUACUGGAUUUUUUUUCCUCACUUAAGCCAUCAGCUCUAGGUGCUUUUGGUCUUUUGUCCUGGUACUUUUCCAUUCAUAGAUGAAUGAGGUGAAAUGCUCCCUGUGCAUUACUUUACUGUUCCUAUGAUAAGAGUUUGGAGAUUUAGAGUGGAAAGAGACCUUGAGGUAAUUUAGUCUGACUUAUUUUAGAGAGAGAGAAAUGCACAAUGGUUGCCUGGGGUCAUGCAGGCAGAAAGGGUAAGGUUUGAAUGUCAGUGCUCUCUAAUAUACUACUUGACCGUCAGGUGUUCACAUUGUCACAAAGGGCCUUUCUUCCCCCACCCCCAGUUCUGCCCUCCUUUCUGCCUAUUCACUCGUAGGCUCAAGCAUAAGAAAAGCCUUCCCGGUAAGGAAAGUUGAUCCAUGCCAUUUAUAGUUGUAUUUACAGAGGAGAAAUUCUGAGGAGAAACAGAGGAUGGCAGGGAUAGCCCUGUGAGGUCACUUACUUUCUUUAUGUGGAAUCAGAUAUAGUCACCAUUUUCUCUUUGGUAUUGGAUACUACUAAAUGCAUCUCAUAAAAAAAAUUGUACUAAUGGUAGAAUGAAUUAAAUACUAUUUCUGAUAUGACAAGAAAGAGGUUUAAUCUUGUUAUAUUAUCAAAUUCUGCAACAUUAAAAAUUGAAGGACCCUCAAUCAUACAUGCCAACCAUUAACUUCUCUAGUUCUUUUUAGCUAGAUUUUUUUUUUUUUUUGUAAUGACACUGGCAAUGGAAAGGAAUAGAACAUCCAGCUCAAACUGGGCUUAUUUGUUAUACCUCAAGUUAUAUAAUUAACACGUAAUUACAGUCUACCAAAUAAUUGAUGGUCACCAAGAAUUCUCCCUUAAACUUUCCCUAAGGACUUUGACACUUAGUUUACUUCAAAAAUUGGUUUACUGUAGCUAGACCAAAAUAACAUUGACUUCUAUGGCAGAUCUAAGUGAUAAAUGGGUAAUUUCUCUGAGAAAUUAUGUUCCAUCCUCUGAAGCCGAAGUCAUUUUGCCUCUUUGAACUAAUAUUAGAAAGAUGCACAACUUUGAAGCUGAUUCUGUUGAGUGGACCACCAAACUUGAAUCUUUCUGCAAGGUGAAAUUAAAGGAAAGGCCCAACAUGUGACAAAACUGUUUAUGGAAUAAGAAAUUAAGACAAAGCUGAGCCAUAUUUUGGGGUCUUUGGUGAUUUUCUUUGUAUCUUAGAUCUGUCUCACCCAGGGAUUGAGGCCUUUGCAUUUGCUUCCAUUCUUUCAGCUCUUAAAAGGGGAGAGAGAGAAAAUCAGUUGUCAAUCAAACAUCACCAGGAUGAAAGAUGUUUCCUCAUAAAAAAUGCCAAUACAAAUUUGACUCUUGUCUAUUCUUUUCCAGUUGCACUUUCUAUUUUUUUCUCUUAAAAUGGCUUAUUGGAACCUAUUUUAUUGUAUUUGAAAUUAAUUUUUAUUCUCAUCUAAUGUGCAUUUUCUGUCUGUAUAGAAAAAGCUUUAUUAUGUAAUUUAAUAAUAAACUAGAAUUCUAAA